AGCCUUUUCAUCAGCACUUGUGUGGAAACUGCGACGAGAUGAGCGCAGGGGACGGGGAGGCGGGGCGGAGGUGUGACGUCAUUGCCGCGGGGCGGAGGCGACGGUGUCUGAAGAGAGACUCCGCGUGCUGGUUGCCCACUCUGGCCUCUUGGCUUGGAGACAAGGAGCAUAUCUGCCACUGUCCGCUUUCCCUUGGUGGUCCGCUCACAACUAGUCCCACUGGAGAUGGCAGACGACCUUGGAGACGAGUGGUGGGAGGACCAGCCUGCAGGAGCAGCCAGCAGCCCAGGCAGUGUCCUUCAUACUCUGAAGACAGGCAGCCUUGCCGAAUCCUCACCCUACAGCUUGCCAGUCUCCACAGAAGAAAGCGUCUAACUGAAGUGGGCUUCAGGAUGAGGCAAGGCAAAAACCGAGAGCCAUCUGCCCAGAACAGACAAGUAGAGGCCGAAGCAUCAGGUGGUGAAGGAGGAGGAGACCCAGAAAUGCAGCAGGAGACAGCUCCAGUACCAGCCCUGUCAAAGAAGACCAAACAGCCUAAAGAAUGUUUCUUGAUACAACCAAAGGAAACAAAAGAAGAUGCCACCAAGACAAGGAAGAGAAGAAAGAAGAAAAUUACAGAUGUUCUUGCAAAAUCAGAGCCAAAACCAGGUACCCCUGAAGACCUACAGAAACUGAUGAAGGACUAUUACAGCAGCAAUCGUUCAGUGAUUGAAUUAGAAGAACUAAACCUACCAGACUCCUGUUUCCUCAAGGCCAAUGAUUUGACUCAUAGUCUCUCAUCAUACCUAAAAGAAAUCUGCCCUAAGUGGGUAAAACUUCGGAAAAACCAUAAUGAGAAGAAAUCAGUCCUGAUGUUGAUUAUCUGCAGCUCUGCUGUCCGGGCCUUGGAGCUCAUUAGGUCAAUGACAGCAUUUAGAGGGGACAGCAAAGUUAUGAAAUUAUUUGCAAAACACAUUAAGGUCCAAGAGCAGGUAAAGUUGCUGGAGAAGCGUGUGGUGCACCUGGGCGUAGGAACACCUGGGAGAAUUAAAGAACUCGUUAAACAAGGUGGCCUUAAUUUGAACCCCUUAAAGUUUCUUGUUUUUGACUGGAACUGGAGAGAUCAGAAGUUGAGGAGGAUGAUGGACAUUCCCGAGAUAAGAAAGGAGGUUUUUGAACUUCUGGAAAUGGGAGUCCUCAGUCUAUGCAAGUCUGAAUCUUUGAAGCUCGGCCUUUUCUAAGUCUGGGUCCUAAUGAAAAUUCCAGUUUUUAUGGUGGGAUUUGCAUCUCAUUUAAUAGCUCUGGAAUAUUGCAAGGACUCAGUAAAUAUCAGCUAUUGUUUUAUUAUGUUAACUGGAUCACCCUAUGAAUCACUAGAAAUUUUUGGUGGAGAUUCUUUGACAGAAAUGAAGCUGUCCUUUGCCAACUUCUCUGUAUAAUAAAGUAUCACCAGCUUGUGUAUGA